AUGAAGACGAGCCUGCUCUACGUCAAGUCGCUCUACUGGACCAUGAGCACGAUGACGACCGUCGGCUACGGCGACCUCACGCCCGUGUCCACGAAGGAGCACUGGUACGCGAUCUUCGUCAUGCUCUUCGGGUCCAUCCUGUUCGGCUACAUCUUCGGCCUCAUGGCGUCGCUCGUCGCGAGCAUGGACGUGACCAUGGCGGCCUUCCGCAUGAAGGUCGACUCCGUGCAGCGGUUCCUCCACUACCGGAACGUGCCGCGGGAGCUGUGCGAGCGCGUGCACCGCUACCACGACAACACGUGGGCGCAGACGCGGGGCUUCGACGAGCACGCCAUCAUGUGCGACCUGCCGAGCUCCAUCCACCUCGACCUGGCCCUGCACCUCUACGGCGACAUGCAGGGCAGGAAAAGAAACGCGGAGCCCGCGUUCGUGCGCGCGAUCGUGCUGCGGCUGCUGCCGACGGUCUUCCCCGAGAACGAGAAGGUCGUGCUCAAGGGCGAGGUGGGCCGCGAGAUGUUCUUCAUCCAGCGGGGCCACUGCGAGGUCGUCAACGACGAGACGGGCGAGAUGCUCGUCGAGCUCCAGGACGGCCAGUACUUCGGCGAGGUGUCGAUCUUGUGCGAGGCGCGGCGGACGGCGACGGUGCGGUCCGUCACGGAGGUCGACCUCCUCGUGCUGAACAAGCAGGACCUGGACCUCGUCUGCAGGGACUUCCCGCGGGUCGCCGCCUGUGUGGAAAUCAAACAGUGGGUUAUCCCGACCAAACUUCAGAACUCUCUCGCUCGGUCACAUCGAAGUCGAUUCGGCUGA